CCAGCAGUACCGGGAAUCCGGGCCAAGGCGGUGGCUGCGGUUCCGACGGGGCAGGAGCGCGCUCCGUGGCGGAGCGCACGGCCAGAGCGUCCGAGGAGGGGGGCGCCCGGGCCUUUAGUUAUCUGUGGGGCCGCGGCCGGAUCCCAUGAGACGCGCCCGCGAAGGGCACGAGAUCCGAAGCCUGGGAGGCGCGCGGAGGAGGCGGAGGGCGGUGCUGCAGCGGCCGGAGCCCGGGAGCGGCCGGCAGGAGGCGGAGGAGAGAACUUGAACUUGGCGUCGGGAGCGGGCGCCCCGGACGCCCCUCGCCGGGGCGGGGGCGCCGAGGGACCUGGGCGGCAGCACUGCCCCCCGAAUGGCCGCGGCGGCGGACCCGGCUCCCGCGCCGCGGCCCUAGGCGGCCUCUCGCCAUGGCCAAGUGGCUGAACAAGUACUUCAGCUUGGGCAACAGCAAGACUAAGAGCCCCCCGCAGCCGCCGCGGCCCGACUACCGCGAGCAGCGGCGCCGGGGCGAGCGGCCCUCGCAGACCCCCCAGGCCGUGCCGCAGGCCCCCUCUGCCACCUCGGCGUCCUGCGGUACGGCCGCCGCCUCCUGCUUCUCGGCCUCGUCGGGAUCGCUGCCCGACGACAGCGGCAGCACUAGCGACCUUAUCCGCGCCUACCGCGCACAGAAGGAGCGCGACUUUGAGGACCCCUACAACGGGCCCGGCUCGUCUCUGCGCAAACUGCGCGCCAUGUGCCGCCUGGACUACUGCGGCGGCGGGGAGCCAGGCGGGGGGCAGCGUGCCUUCUCGGCCUCGUCCGCGACGGGCGCCGCGGGCUGCUGCUGUGCCGCCUCUGGCGCGGGCGCCGCCGCGUCCUCGUCGUCGUCCUCGGGCUCCCCUCACCUCUACCGCAGCAGCAGCGAGCGGCGGCCCGCCACGCCAGCCGAGGUGCGCUACAUCUCCCCCAAGCACCGCCUCAUUAAGGUGGAGAGCGCCGCGGGCGGUGCCCCAGAACCCUCGGGGGGCUCCUGCUCAGGCGGUCGCACCUGGAGCCCGACGGCCUGCGGAGGCAAGAAACUGCUCAACAGGUGUGGCGCCUCGGCCGCGGAAGAGAGCGGUGCCGGCAAGAAGGACAAGGUGACCAUCGCCGAUGACUACUCAGAUCCCUUUGAUGCCAAGAAUGAUCUGAAAAGCAAAGCGGGAAAGGGGGAGAGUGCUGGCUACAUGGAGCCCUAUGAGGCGCAGAGGAUCAUGACAGAAUUUCAGAGGCAGGAAAGCGUCCGGUCCCAGCACAAAGGCAUCCAAUUAUACGAUACCCCUUACGAACCCGAGGGCCCAAGCAUGGACUCCGACUCAGAGAGCACGGUCAGCCCCCAACUGCGGGAGAGCAAGCUGCCCCAGGAUGACGACAGGCCCGCUGAUGAAUACGACCAGCCAUGGGAAUGGAACCGGGUCACCAUCCCAGCUCUGGCAGCCCAGUUUAAUGGCAGUGAGAAACGGCAGUCAUCCCCCUCGCCUUCCCGGGACCGGCGGCGCCAGCUUCGAGCUCCCGGAGGGGGCUUCAAGCCCAUCAAACAUGGGAGCCCCGAGUUCUGUGGGAUCCUGGCAGAGAGAGUGGAUCCUGCUGUCCCACUGGAGAAGCAAAUAUGGUAUCACGGAGCCAUCAGCAGAGGAGAUGCGGAGAACCUGCUGCGACUCUGCAAGGAGUGUAGCUACCUUGUCCGGAACAGCCAGACGAGCAGGCACGACUACUCCCUCUCCCUGAAGAGCAACCAGGGCUUCAUGCACAUGAAACUGGCCAAAACCAAAGAGAAAUACGUCCUGGGUCAGAACAGCCCCCCGUUCGACAGUGUCCCAGAAGUCAUCCACUACUACACCACCAGAAAGCUGCCCAUCAAAGGGGCCGAGCACUUGUCCCUCCUCUACCCCGUGGCUGUGCGGACCCUGUGAGCCCCUCCCUGCCCUGCGACAGGGCCCAGACGUGGAGGAGCCGGUGGCCCCUGCCGACCCGCCCGGCCGCUGUUGCCAGCCGUGUCCAGUUUGUGUCGUGUGUAUGGUACUAGCACACCACUGCAUGUCUCUAGAAUGCUGUUGCCACUCAUGGGGGCUGGAGAAGGCCUGGAUAAAGACUGAGGGACGGCCAGCCCGCCACCGCAGCCCCCUCCCCCAACCCCUCUUCGAGUUUCUGUGAAUUAAAAUAUUUGCAAAUCCAAAGAGAUGCCUUCCAGGAUGAACAAAGGAGAGCAGCUCCGAGGGGCGGGGCGGGAGCUCCCGGGGUUGCGGCUCUUUGUUCUCCAGCCGUCAGGAAUUCACACCUGUGUACGGGGUGCAGUUUUCCCACCGGGGCCCCGCUGGUGCUGGGAGCCAAAUGCUGGUGCUUUGAGAGCCCUGAAGGCCCUGGGAAUCCCGCCUCCCCUCUGGUGUGUGUGUGUCAGCGUGUGUGUGCGAGUGUGAGCACAUACGUGGGAGAACAUGGCCACACACAGAUAUAAGCCCACUAAUCCACUUUUAGUCAUUCAGUGUAAUCAUUAGGAGAUCUCCAAGGAAUCAUUGUGCGGUCAAAAAAAGGAUUCAAUUAUUUAUGAAUAGGCUGUGUAAAUAAAAUAGUCAUUUAAUAUAUAUUCUUAUCCCUUUUUUUAAUAUACUGCAGUGGGUCUCUGGGGGGGCCAGUGCUUACCUGCGGGUUUCGUCCCCAGAGCAAGGUGUGUCCCCUCUGGGCACGCGGGAAGGAGGCAGAGCCCCCAGCUCAGGGCUGAGGCAGCCGCUGGGGCAGAGGGAUUUGCUUUGCCCCCUGAGAGUCAAGCUGCAGGAAGGGGCAUUCAGGCUCCAGCAAUGGUAGCCUCAAUUGUUGACUCAGCACCCACGCUCCCCCUUCUGCCUACAGCAAUGCAGUGAUGGCAGGUCUGUGUUAACCCCUCAGGUGCACAGCACCCAGCAGUGCACAAAGGGCUCUCCCCAUUAACUGGGGUCACUGCUACCCUGUGAGGCAUUUAACAUGUGGGGAAAAGGAGGCUCAGAGAGGGAAAGUAGCUUGUCUAAGUUAACACAGCCCAUAAGCAGAGGAUGCUCUAGAGCCAGUGCUUUGGCUCUACAUGGCCUUGCUGUCACCCUGGGAGAAGGCAAAUCCUGACCUCUCAGGGGACAUGGAGCCGGAGCUCCUGGUCGUCCGCACUGCCUCCAUACAGACAAGAACACCCGCACACACACUCCCACACUCCACCCCUAUCUAGCCCCUGCCCUUGACAGGAGCGGGAGUCUUGCUCACAUAGCGCAGACCCUCAGUGAGAUUGCUGUUACUCAGUUCCCCUUCCUUUCCCCCCCACCCACCUACCACCGCACCAUGCAUGUUAAAUGCAGUGGAAGAAAGAGAAGAAUCCCACCCAGCAGCAUGAAAGGCAUGGCUUCCAUCCACUGAAGGAGGUGCAAGGGAUCCAGAGAGAGCACAAGUGUCAGCGCCUUCGCCAAGCACACGUCAGUCUGCCUGCCAGUGGUCUGAGCACAAUGGAAUUUCGGUGACCAUCGUCCCCAGCAGGAGGGGGCUGAACCGAGUUUGAACAUCACCAGCACUGCCAGGCCUUCCACGAUGCUUCAGACUCACCGUUCACAUUAGAGACAGAGGCCCAGCAAGGAGAGAGGACUUGCCCCGGCCGCCUGUCAAGCCAGGGCAGGGCAGGACUAGAAUCCGUGCCCCUGUAGGUGGCUGCUGUGGACUUUAGUGGGUUGUGGCCAAAGCUGUUUCCUUGGCAUCUGCUUCCUGCCCAGUCCAGCUCUUGGCUCAGCCUCCCGAGUCCUCGUCUCAGUCCGGGCAGCCCAAGACCCUCCCAUCCAUGGAUCCCACAGGCCCGUCCACCUCAUGGUUGCCUCGUUGCCUGUGGCCUGGGUCUAGUCUCCAAAGCCUCAGUCCUGACCUUUUACCCGCUUUGCGUUUUCCGAAACAUCCUUUAAGGCAGGAGUACCUGGAAUGGUUCACGCUUUCCUCUUUAUUUAUUUAUUUUUCUGGUGAGUGAGAAGAUGAGUGAGGAGUUGACACUUAUCCAAACAGAGGUGCCGAAGGAGACUGGAUCCCAAGGAUCCAGUUAGACGUUGGGGACGAGGAAGGCAGCCUGUGGAGCCGGGGGUGGGGUGGAUUUUGCAUUAGUGCCUCGUCCUCCAGCAAGUGCAGAUUCCCACAUGGCCCUUCCUGAGGCUGUAGGUGGGGCAGUGCAGGAGCCCACGACCCUUCUCAGUGGACAGUCUUCAGAGCAGACCUCUCCUCAGAAGAGGCUCUGCCUGUGGUCUGAGGAAAACCGAGGCUGCUUCGCCCUUUGGUCUUGCCUUUGCUCUUUUAAGGGAUUCCUGGGCCCUCCCUCCUUCCCCUGCCUUCGUCUUCCUGAAGUUUCCCUGGGAGGCCCAACCGGCAGCUCCCCAUGGGGACUGAGGCCGGCAGAGGAGCCAGCUUACAGGAUGGGAGCUGCUAAAAGGAAUUUUUUUCCUUAAUUUUAUGAACCUCUCCCUCUUCUUCCUCUAAUUGUGACCGUUUCCUCUGUCGGCGUGUAUUCAUGUUUUCUUGGACAUCUAACAAUUGAAACAGCUUUUCCCUUUCAGAAACACUCACAUUCAGGUUACUGGCGUUGG